AAUGUACCGGAAAACACGUCCCUUCAGUAUUUUGCAACUCGGGAUCAUACCGUUGUUUAAACUUUCAAAACGCUCACUUGAUUUAGGAACGGCACUUACAUGGGUACAAAUCAUUUUGGUGGGUACCUCGCGACACCGUUUCUCCAUCUGAUUGUUUCGCUCCUGUUGUUGCCAUCUGCACUAUACACAUUGAUUUCCGUCGCUGCAACUUCUAUGUGGUCCCGUAUUUGACACGUCUCGUAUGUGCGAUACCUAACAACGGUUACCUUCUACAAACAUGAUCCCUCAAGGUUGAACCGAAAUAAGCGAUGUAAAAGUAGUAACUUAUUUUCGAUGCACGAACGAUUUAUUUUCGCAGAGACAGACAAGAAACCUGACUUUGGACAAGUAAAGUGAAGGCGAAGAAGUUGCCUAGGAUGAUACACAAACCUGGAUCCCCCUGUGUGGGUUCGGCUAGAAAAAAGGAUAAACAUAACAGGAGGUCAAUUGCAAACAACUCUUCUUCCAUCCAACCAUCCCUUGUGUUCCGCAUCACCUAUGGUCAGGGAAAUGGCCCUUCACUUUUGAGAAGAACAUUUCUGGAAGCAGGCAUGUCCGAGUUCGAUCCGGAGCACCACAGCGAGAAUCAGUGGGAUCUGUGGUGGAAGGGCUUCCGGUUCAGAGAAUGUGAACUCGCUUUGCUCAAAACUUCUCAGCGUGUCAAUCACCAUCCAGCGCCACUUGGUAGGCAGACGGAUAUUACCAGAAAGGAUGGGCUGCUUCGAGCGAUUAGACACAUGUGUGUCACUUAUCCCAAGUGCUCUUCGUUACUGCUCUUCCCAACAACAUUCAAUUUGCCCAGGGAAGAACAUCGAUUUGUUUCUGCCUUUUGUCAACGGGCACGAUCAGCAAGAACUAAGUUGUGCAUUCAAAAUCAGCACACCAAAGGAGAAGAACUAUGCGACCGAUGUCUAGCGGAGGGUUGCACUGAGCUCGAACAUCAAACACAGAUGGAAUCGCUACCAUCCCAGAAUAUCUGGAUACUGAAACCAGCAGACAUGUCCAGAGGCCGAGGUGUUUUCGUCUUCAAUCAGCUAGAAGACCUUGUCUAUAUCAGCAAGUCGGUCGUCCAAAAGUACAUCUCCGAUGUUCUUCUAAUAGAAGGAUACAAAUUUGAUUUGCGGUUGUACGCCGUGGUGCCAUCGUAUUCUCCCUUCAUUGUGUACAUUUGCACUGAGGGACUUAUCCGUUUUGCAACGGAGCCCUACAAUUUGAGUGACUUGAAGAACGUGUACUCUCACCUCACAAACUCUUCCAUCAAUAUCAGUGGACCAGGAUACUCGAUAGACAAGACCGGCAUCGGACUUGGAUGCAAAUGGACCAUUGGGCAAUUCCGCCAGUGGAUGGCAGACAGAAACAUCAACGAUCGUUUUCUGUGGAUAAGAAUUCAAGCUCUUAUCAUACUCACGUUGCUCAGUCAGGCCUCCGAAACACCAAAAGUCCCAAAUGCUUACGAGCUCUUAGGAUUUGACAUCCUAGUGGACAGUCAUCUACGACCUUGGUUACUGGAGGUAAAUGCUAAUCCAUCUUUGUCAAACCAGUGUAUGGUGGACGAAGUUGUGAAGAAACCGCUCCUGAACUCGAUACUGGAGAUGCUACGAUUAGAACAAUCGCCGAUGGGUUAUGCAGAUGAGAGGGUUCUCUACUCCGCCUCACUGCGCACGCAUAUGUUCCCGAACAAAUCUUACAAGGACGACGCAAAGAAGGAUCCGAUUGGGCAUGCGCAAAGGGAGCCUGCAAGUCAUCGUGAAGGAGCAGAGAAGAGCGCAUUAACUCAGGAGCUGCUGAGUUCCUUAGGUCACGGGGAAUCGGAUUUGAGUAUUCCCCGCGCAGAUCAAGCAAUGAAUAAUCAUUGGUUCAAAGGCGGUACGAGCUACUCAUUGCUGGACUUCAAAUCACCGUCUACUGACAACAGGCGUAACAGAAAUGGAGUAUCAUUUUCCAUCGGAUCGGUUAGAGAUGCACCGUUUAUGUUGAAUUCCAUCAAUGCUUCCACGGAUAAGCAGUUAGUCUCAAACAGAUCAUGGUUGGAUGCGAAUGAGUAUUCACAAGAGACGUGUCCACUCUAUGGACCUGGCUCCGAGUGGUUACUUCCGGAGCUCACAUCUCUUCGCAUACGGUUCUCCAGUUCGCUGGAAAUGAACAUACAGAUGAAUAAGCUUGCCAGGCAGCGCAACUGUUCACCAUCAAGUUUAAGCAGCAAAUCCACCAUAAACAGAUUAAGUGAGUCAAAAAAUGACUUCAACUGCCAUUUUGCUUGCGAGAACUGGCUGAUUCAGGAGAAGAGCAGAGCCGGCCACAAAAUCAUUCCCCAUGCGUUUGGGCAGCUGAAGCUAGCAUUUCCAUUUAACCUCAUCGCGCGAAUCGCAUGUGCCAAAGAACGUGGUGGAUAUCCUGAUCAGAGACUCAUCGUACAGCAAGUUGGUCGGUUGGUGCAGUAUUACGCUAGACUGACCAAAGGAACAGCACCUAGCACGGACUACAGUGUGAUCGACAUCCCGGAGAUUUGGGAAGUCCGGCAGUGAUGACAUCCGAGGACAGUUUACAUUUUACUCCUACGAUUUUAUUUACUUUCGUCGGUUCGAACCAGAACCAGUGGACAACGGAGUCUGGUGCCAAAUUAGAAUUCAGCAACGCCAUCAACUCUUUUACUCCAUACAAUCUGACUAAAACGGUCAGCGCACAUUGUGUUGUCAAAAGGCACAGAUUUCCGUGCUGUCUGUUUAUCUCUGUCUACAGAUUUUCCUACACCAAUUAUUGUCUAGUUUAUUUUGGGAUUGACUCCUCCAUGUUUUCCGUAUUUAAAUCGCCUGCAUAACUA